AUGCCGUCCGCUGCCGCCCGUCGACUAUACGAAGAUCAAAUACCGACUUUCAUGUCCGUGUUUGAUCUCGACGCCGAUACCAUUGGUGACUGUGACACGGUGACUGUUCUCGAACCCAAGCUCGUCGGCAUGGACUCCAAGACGAUCCUGACGGCAUCGGGUCAGGAUGGCGCCAUUCACCAAGACCCAAACCACAAACAUAGCGACAGCACAUCGACGCAAAUGUCAGAGUCUACCGACUCUUCGCCUACUACAACUUUGUCAACCACCGAUUCCUCACCUCUGACGGAUCGAUCGCCAUCCUCCUCGCCGGACUCACCCGUCAAUACCAACCUCAUUCCUCUCAACAACUACCCGAGUACCACGUUUGGCAACAUUCCCGUGACGAACAACAUAUCUGUGCUCCCGGUUGGUGAUGCUCCUGCGCUCAGUCGUCCCAUGACCUCGCCCGCGCCGCGCCGACCGCGCAACAUGAAGGGUCUCUCCAUUCUCCCUCCUCUAGCCGUCACUACCACGGCCGAUGCUUCCACCGUUGAACCUGCCUCGCCCUGCUUCAUCAAGCCUCAGCUGCCGGCCCCGAGACGCAAACCCAGCCAGCUUAGUCUGCGCACAAACACCCAGGAUUUCGUGAGACCAGUUCUCGAAGUACCACCUUCGCCUGCCAUACCCCCGAUUCUUCAGCGCCGCGCACUCAAGCACACGACAUCGACACCGCACAUGCUGAGCGUGAUCAAGACUUCGCAAGUACCGACGCUGCCACCUCUGCCUUCGUCACGGAUGCUUGAGCGCAACGAAUCUGGCCUGUCCGAGGUCUUGCGUCCUAUGAAGACUGGCAUGCGCUCAUCAUUCGACGCUUCCAUUACCGAAGAGGAUUCACCCAUUAAAGCGCAAAUGGCUAGCCGCCAAGAUUUUGAGCCUUAUGACGAGAGCAUCAACAAUGAAGACCAAAAGUCGCCCACAUAUCCCGACGGUCCCGUUGCCAUCUACGGAGACGACGUAUAUUUGUACCUGGAACCAACCGCUGAAGAGGCUUCCAAAUUUGACGUCGUGUUCAACGUUGCUCGCGAGGUCGAGAAUCCCUUCCAAGUGCUUAAGCGGAAGCAAGUGGAAGAACUUGACAGACAAGCGCAGCCUGACUUCAGCCCAAUUCCGGAUACUGCUGUCACUACUGCCAGCUUCGCUACGGCCUUCGAAUUCCAACCCGACGACAGCAGCAUUGAGACACCAACCACACCCAAGGCAAACCCGCUCAAGACUCCCGAAUAUGUUCACAUCCCAUGGGACCACAACACCGACAUUGCACCCGAUCUAAUGCAACUUUGCGAAUCCAUCCAUAACCAUACCAAAGAAGGCAAAAAGGUCCUUAUCCACUGCCAGCAAGGCGCCAGCCGCUCCGCCAGCUUGAUUAUUGCCUAUGGCUUAUAUCUUAACCCCGAGCUGAGCGUCAAUGACGCAUACUACGCCGCCCAGGCCAAGAGCCGCUGGAUCAGCCCCAACAUGAAGCUCAUGUACUCGCUGCAGGACUUCCAAAAAGAAAUCUCCAAGAAAAAGUCGACCCCGGCCUCCGCAGCUUACCGCCCUCGCACAGGCCGCAGCCCCAACAAGCACCGCCUGACCUUGUCUGCCGAUGCUAUCGACGUCUCCCCCAAGGAGCCCUUGUCUGCCCCGCUUCCCAGUGAGGAGGAAAAGUCCAGGGAAGAAAUGCUCAAGGAUGGCAGUAAGCGCGCCCGAGGAAACUCUUCCCCGGGCUUGCAAAGCAUAUCUCCAGGUCCUGCCUCGGCGCCAUUGACCUUUUCUUGGAAGAAUAUCGAACCCUUUGCCCCAAGGGAAGACCACUGCGCGAAGGAUACCGAGCUACCACCCAUACCGACUAUCGCUGCGCCGUCGCCUCCCAUUCCGCCAAUGCCAACAAUGGCUCCGCCGCCCGUACCUGUGCAAGCGCCUCUGCAGCUGGAACAAGUGCCGCCGCGACCCAAGUCGAGCAUGAGCCGUCAAGAACCCAGCUCCAACAGGAACGCACAAUCGUGGUUGGACAGCUUGCAUCCUUCCCUUCCUCGGCCCCGGUCUAGCGUGGGCCUACGCGCUCUUCCGCUGCGGAGCUAUCAAGACCAGAUGCCGAGCGUCCUCGACCCGCGCGCCAUCUCGACCACGCAUACUCUUGACCUCCCGACAACACCCUGCGACGAGCCCGCGCUGCUGUCUCCGCGCGCCGAGACGAUGACGAACCCGCUCCUCGACCACGCUGGAUUCUCCGGAUACGCUGGCAUGCAGUACAUGAACACGCCAGCCGCCCCGGCGCCUGUCCCAACCGGGCUCUUUUCGCCACGAGGCACGACAUUCCCGCGCGAGGCGACGUUUUUCUUUGGCCGGCCAGACCCUAUGGUCGACCCGCGCAGCCCACCGACGCGAGGCGAGGCGCCCAUUAUUCGAUCCAUUGAUGACCUAUUAUGA